UGUCUGGUCUCCAUUGUCCGCAGAGCAGGGUGUGUACAGCUGGGAUGCUGCGUGGUCGGAGGGGGGGUAGCUGGCUGGCUGGCUGGGUGAACGGGUGUUUUCCCUUCAGCACCAUCCUUAUUUCGUCUCUCCUUCCAUCGCUCGCUUCCUGGGAAGAUGCCCGGGACGGAAGAGAUGCAGCGCGGGGGUGAUGAGAAGCGGCCCGGGCUGAAUUAGACGGGGCGUGUCUGUCGGUCGUUUUUGCUGCUGUCAUCGCCGCUGCACCUGCGUGGAGGAGAGGAACGACUGACUCAGCUCCGGAGAAUGGCUAUGUAACUCGGUGAGGGACAUCAGCGGCAUAAACACUAAAUGAUCGAGAGGGAAAGAGAGAAAGAAAGAGAGGGGGGAAAAAUGUCUGCGGGCAAACACUGCGAGGCGGUCAGGGUGGUGGUCCGCUGCCGGCCGUUCAGCAGGAGAGAGGAGACAGCGGGGUGUGAGAACAUCCUAGAGGUGGAUGACAGACUGGGGCAGAUCACCAUCAGGAACCCGAAGGCGCCACCUGAUGAGCCGAUGAAAGUCUUCACGUUUGACUCGGUGUACGGCUGGAACUCCAAGCAAAGGGACAUCUAUGACGACGCCGUGAGACCUCUGGUGGAGUCUGUGCUCCACGGCUUCAACGGCACCAUCUUCGCCUAUGGGCAAACCGGGACUGGCAAGACCCACACCAUGCAGGGGAUGUCGAAGGACCCGGAGAAGAGGGGUGUCAUUCCCAAUUCGUUCGAGCACGUCUUCACCCAGAUAUCCAGAAGCCAGAACCAGAAGUAUCUGGUGAGGUCGUCCUAUCUUGAGAUCUACCAGGAGGAGAUCAGGGAUCUCCUGUGCAAGGACAACAACAAGAAGCUGGAGCUCAAAGAGAAUCCGGACUGUGGGGUUUACGUGAAGGACCUGUCUUCGGUGGUGACGAAGAACGCCACCGAGAUCGAGCACGUCAUGAACAUCGGAAACCAGUCCAGGUCGGUGGGCUUCACCAACAUGAACGAGCGCAGCUCCAGGUCCCAUGCCAUUUUCCUCGUGACCGUAGAAUGCAGCGAAAGAGGCCCCGACGGCGAGGACCACAUCCGCGUUGGGAAGCUGAACAUGGUCGACUUGGCUGGAAGCGAGCGCCAGAGCAAGACGGGCGCCAAGGGGAAGCGUCUGAAGGAGGCGGCCAAGAUCAACCUGUCCCUCUCCGCACUGGGGAACGUCAUCUCGGCCCUGGUGGACGGGAAGAGCACCCACGUCCCGUACAGAGACUCCAAGCUGACCCGCCUGCUUCAAGACUCUCUGGGUGGCAACGCAAAGACGGUGAUGAUCGCAACAGUGGGGCCCGCUCACAAGAACUUUGACGAAACCGUGGCAACCCUGAGGUACGCCAGCAGAGCCAAGAGGAUAAAGAACAAGCCUCGGAUUAACGAGGACCCCAAAGAUGCCCUACUGAGGGAGUUCCAGGAGGAGAUCGCACGCCUGAAGGCUCAGCUGGAGGAGCGGGGCAUGCUGGCAAAGGAGAGGCGCCGGAGGAGGAGAGACAGCAAAAGACUGAGCAAAAGCCUGGCGGGUAUGGAGGAGGAUAUCCUUUGCGAGAAGGACGGAGAUGUGUGGAAGGCGGCCGAGGAGGCAGAAGGAGACGGGAGGCGCUGCUUGAUUGAUGGGGGCGACUGUGCCAAGAUCCUGACCUGCCAGGGCAGCAGUGAGAAACUGAGGAACCUAAAUCUAAACAGAAGAAGUCUGGGGGACAUGCAGUGGGAUCAAGACGCGGUGGAGAAAAUCAUCGAGAAAUACAAGGCCAUGGAGAGCAAACUGUUGGUCGGUGGAAAGACCAUCAUUGAUCACACCAAUGAACAGCAGAAAAUACUGGAGCAGAAAAGACAAGAAAUAGCGGAACAGAUACGGAGAGAGCGAGAGAUCCAGCAGCAGAUGAUGUUGCAAGAUGAAGAGACCUUGGAAAUCAGAGAGACGUUCUCCUCCCUGCAGCAGGAGGUGGAACAUAAGACAAAGAAGCUGAAGAGGCUGUAUGCUAAACUCCAGCUGCUGAGGGGAGAGAUGAAAGACAUCUUUGACGAGCACGUCACAACCCGACAAGAACUGGAAGAGACUCAGGAAGAACUAACCAGAGAACUCAAGUACAAAUAUCUUCUGAUUGAGAAUUUCAUUCCCCCCGAGGAAAAGAACAAGAUCAUGAACAGGCUGCAGUUCGACAGCGAGGAAGAUCAGUGGUGGCUACAACCAGUUGUUCCUUCAGAGAGUACACCCACUCAGGUCAAGAGAAGGCCUCUUUCUGCUGUGGGAUACAAGAGGCCAAUCAGCCAAUAUGCACAGAUGGCUGUCGCCACCGCUACUGGGACCCCAUUUAGAUACCAGGCAGAAAACGUAAUGCUGCUGGAGUUAGACAUGUCCCCACCGACCAUGUUCACCUUGAACCUAAACGGCGAAUGCCUGGAGAGAGCCUUAACCCCCAGGCUGCUGCCGGAUCUGUCGCUGAAUGUGCGCGCAAGAGGCGCGUCGUCUUCAAGGGUCAGGAAGUCCCAGUCCUGGUAUCAGGCGCCACAAGCUGCAUCUGUCACAUCGUCCUCAUCCUCCACUACUCUCACAUGUGAACCUCAGAGCUGCUCUCCCUCUCCGAGACAAAGACCGUACUCUGCUGCGUAUCUUUCUUUGGGAGGACCGGUCCAAACAAGCCCCUGAUUUUCUGUCAGGGGCUUGUUCCAUCCGGUUAGAGAUGGAAGUUAAGGAGGAUCCAUGUUUAUUAAUUCAUUUUUGAAGCUGAGUUUAUUUAAAAAAGUAGAGUAGUUUAACUGAAAAUGUUCUAAUUUCUUAGUUUCAGCAUGUUAUACCUAACCUUUGUUUUAUUUGACCGAGUGAUUUUUUGUUUUGCAUCUUUUACAGUCAUGAUAAAAAUGCAAGUGCUUUUAUGCGUAAGUAAUCUCAGAUGAAAAUGAUCAAAUACUGGUCUUUUCACCCCUCUGCCAUUUUUUAAAUUAUUAUUAUUAUUUUUUAUUUUUUUUUUGCCUUUUGGGUACAUAAUGGUGCAGUGUACUGCAGGAUGUCUUUGCACUGACAGGGAUGUUUUUAGCCCACUUAUUUGAAAACUACUCCCAAAGAAAUGACUCCAGAAAACACAGCUUUUCAGAAUGGAGUCGCCUAGACCCAUUUUAGCUUGUUCAGGCGGCGAAGGGGUCGGGUUUCAGAAGAAUCAGCUGAGCUAUACAGGAAUCAAACAACAAUCUGUGGAAAAUGGAAGCAAUCCAAAUUCAAUUCAGCUUUACUUGGGAUUUACUUUACAUUAAAAAAUGUUAAAAUUGCUUGAUCGGGAAAAAAAUAUGCAAUCAAACAAAAUAUACGAUCAGACAAAAUAUUUUAUUGUUUAUUUUUUAUAGGUAUGCCAUAAUAUAGAUUUAAUGUGCAACCAUUAAAUCUGCAUUAAAUGUACCUAAAUAACUAGUCAUCAGAAAGUCUGAUCUCCUCUACUAAUCAUUAUUAUCUAUAAGCAAUUAGGAACGUUUUUGCACGGUGACCAAGUGGAAAGGUACUUUUUGUCAUCUUAAAGAAGUAAUUGUUGCCAUUGUCAGUCUAAGAAAGAUAUAACAGCGUUUUCUUGACUAAAAAACAAACAAAAUCCAAGCACAAUGACAGCUGAACAACUUGUAGUAUCUGGAACAAUGCCUUUUAGAUGUGUAACUGUUGAGCAUGGUGGUGGAGAGGUGAUGAUGUGGGCUUGCUUAUUGACAUCACAUCUCAAGUGUGCAAAGCUGCAUCCGAACAUCCCACAAAACGUCUGGAGCUAAAUCUAUUCUUGCCUUAAAUGCUCCCAAAAAGAAAAAGAAAGUUGUGCACCUUUCAGUAACUCUUUGUAGCAAUGUUUUUAAGAUGCACUCAGUGCUUUAGCAUUCUGUUUUAAUAUUUGUUUAGUAAAUAAUAUUUAAACAGAGUCGCUCAUCUCAGAUUGUAUUAACCAAAUAUUUAGAGCCAGUAAGCUUUUUGAUUUAAUGCUUUAUUUUUUAACGUAUGGUUAUUAAAAUCUUAGAAUUGAAAGUCUGUAUGCUCACACAGUUGUAGACAAAAGAAAAGAUGGCCAUGUCUCUGCCAAACACAUCAAGGCUGACAGAAUGGGAGAACGUCCUAACGUAGCCUGUGUGCUGUACGAUGUUUUGCUGCGGUUUUCGGGCUAAUGUAAUUGUGAAUCAAAAAUGUGAAAGAAAGCUUGCAGUGCCGUCUUGAUUAGCUGCCUUACUUUUUCAUGAUUGUGGAAAGUCGACUUGCUUACAUAACAAAAUAAACACUGAAUAGUCUCGAAGUGCG